AUGGGUAUCUACAUCCGCAACCCGACCGCUUUGCUCAAGUACAAAUACAGCUCGACCGACAAGUCGUUGACAUCGGUCCGUCCAGUCGCCUUGCCAACGCCGCUGGAGCCACGGCGCGCUCCCCACUUGACGACUUGACGUGGGGACCGCGCAAUGAGUCGCUGUAUGCCGCCCACAAGCUGACUCUCGAGCGCGAUCUCUCUGCAGAAAUACGUGCUCAAUCCGUACUGGUCAUGGCUCGUCACGUUGUUCCCCGAGAGCAUGGCUCCCAAUGCCAUCACACUGCUCGUACGCAUACACACUUUCGCAGCCUUCCCUCCUGUCCCCUCAACGGCUCGGCUGACCUUGACUGUGGUUGAUGUACAAAGGGUCUGGGGCUAGUCUUUGCCAACUUCCUUUCGUUGGUCUACUUCAAUCCGACGCUCUCCUGCGGCGCCAAGCCGCUGCACGUCUCGCUCGGCGGUGCAUGGGACCCUCUGCUCGCUCCGGCCAAACCCACCGAGCAACACCACUUCCGAGGCUGGGCAAGCUGGCUCGGGCUCGGCGGAUCGGUCGUGGACAAGGCCGAUGAGCUGGCCGGCAACUGCGCACCGAGAUGGCUCUACUGGACUUUUGCCGCGGGCUUGUUCAUGUACCAGAGCUUGGAUGCGAUCGACGGCAAGCAGGCUCGGAGGACCGGCACCAGUGGCCCGCUCGGAGAGGUACGUUUCAUCUUGGCGCUGAUGUUGUAGGGUACUUCUAUCGCUCAAAAUGAAGCUGAUUUUCUUAGUUUCCUCUGUCUCCAGCUCUUCGAUCAUGGCUGUGAUGGUGAGCAGGAAUGUGAAUGUGUAGCCUGGUGGAAAUCUGCGCGGAAACUAACCCCAGGCUGUAAAAUCCACACAUGCUGGUGCCUUCAUCAGCGAUCAACACAACAGUAAGUCACAUCUGAAAACCAUAUCUUAAGGCUCCAUAGCUGACCCGUGUGCUCAUACCGAGACAGCUCGGCGUUAUUCUUACCGCCUCGGCACUCAACCUUGGACUCGACUGGUGGACCGUGGCCGCGCUGAUCGCGACCUCGGCCAAUUUCUACUUGACAACUUGGGAAGAGUUCCACACGGGCAAUCUCUUCUUGUCCGCCUUCUCCGGACCUGUCGAGGGCAUUCUCCUCGUUGUGGGCGUGUUCAUCGCAACUGGAUUCGUUGGUGAGCCGCCCUGCGUCGAACCGAGAUAUCUUACUUUCCGCUCAUCGACAGUCCCUGCAUUCCCCUCACAGGCCCCAGCUACUGGGACCAAGGAAUCUUGACCGUCACUGGGCUCAAGUCGAGCGCAAUCAUCAAGGCGAUCCCCUUCAAGCUCAAGGAUCUGCCCAUGAACGACUGCUUUGUGAGUUGGAUAAGUGAUCAAGUGCCGUGAGUAUCCAAGCAAUUAACUCGAUGCUGCGUAUCCAUCAGAUCGUUUUCUCUCUUGUCGGACUCAUUUUCAACAUCGCAUCGGCCGCUCACAACGUUUACGCAUCGUUGCCCAAGAAAGGGCGAACGCCGGCGUCCAUGCUCAAGCCCUUGUCGCGCCUCAGUCCCUACAUCAUCCACACCUCGGUCAUGAUCUUCUGGUUGACGGGCAGGAAGGCGGAUAUUCUGCACUCGACGCUCUUGGUCCCCUUCAUGUUCCUCUGGGGCAUUUCGUUUGCGCACCAUGUGCAACUGCUCAUCCUGUCGCAUUUGACCGCGUCGGCAUUUCCGGCGACGUGGAAGCACCCGCUCAUUUUCAUCGCACUCGUGGGUGCCGUGGAUGCCAACGCUUCGUGGUUGACGAACGGACGAUAUACGACCCUGUUGCAGACGACGCACGAGAGGACAAAGUGGACCGUACUCGGCGGUCUCGUGCUCGCGAUCAUGGUCUAUGCGCACUUUGUAUGGGAGGUCAUUGGUGACAUUUGCGCCUUUUACGACAUGAAGUGAGCACGCUAUACUUUCGGUGGUGCGGUGAAAGAUGUUCGUCACUGAUGUCGGUUCGUGUUGCUUUACUUUCCCCAGUUGCCUGACGAUCAAGAAGAAGGAAAAGAUCAAGGCGGUGGAGAAUGGCAAGACGGUGAUGAAGGACAAGCCCAGUCCGGCCGAGAUUGCCAAGCAGAAGCAAAAGAAGUAG